CUCUCUUCUUCUGCCGCUGGGUGAGCUGUUCGCUCUCUGUACUCUCCUUGACUGUUUGCUUCUUCAGUAGAGGAAGUCUUCCCAUUCUUUCCACGUGAAUCGUCUGAUUGAAAAGAACUCUCCUGUGGUUUCUGGCGAUGGAUGACGAGUUGACACCUUUGGACUGCCUGCUCCCCUCAGGCACACAGAGGAUCUGUCUGAUCAUCCUGAACCAGCCUCUUGAUAAGGACUACCUACGUGUCCUCUGGAGUAAAGCUCUCCUGAGAGCGUGUGCCGAUGGAGCUGCCAAUCAUCUCUAUAAAACAACAGCCGGAGACAGAGACAGCUUUCUCCCAGACUUUAUCAGCGGAGAUUUUGAUUCUAUUACUGCUGAGGUUAAAGCCUUCUUUUUAGACAAGGGCUGCAAGGUGAUAGAAACAGCAGACCAGGAUCUUACAGACUUCACUAAGUGUCUUGCAAUCAUGCUGGAAGAAAUUAAGGGGCGACGGUUAGAGGUUGAUGCUAUAGUGGUGCUGGGCGGUCUGGCGGGCAGAUUUGACCAGAUCAUGGCAUCUGUUGAAACUCUCUUCCACGCUCAGUCCAUGACACAACUCCCUCUGUUCAUCAUCCAGGGGACAAGCCUGGCGUACCUGCUCAGACCUGGCAGACACAGACUGGGGGUGAACACAGGCCUGGAGGGGGACUGGUGCAGCCUCAUUCCAGUCGGUGGACCCUGCAUAACCACAACCACUGGACUCAAAUGGAACCUGAAUAACCAGGUCCUGCAGUUUGGGAUACUCAUAAGCACCUCCAACACCUAUGAGCCUGUUGAGCCUGGAAACCCCAGGAAGCCAGUAACCGUGACAACAGACCAGCCUCUGCUCUGGAGCAUGGGGAUACAUGGGGAUGGAGAAUGACACUGAAAAUCACUUUUCUGUCAGUAUUUGACUCCUCAGAAAGCAUCACUACUGGUGGAAAAAAAAGAUUUAUAAUUUGCCCAACAGGUCGCCAAAAAUAUUUCACCUUCAUAAAUAUGAUAGCUCAUUUAUUGUUUUUAAAGUUAGUUUUUCAUUAUAUAAAUCUUUCCCCCAUUUCCUGUAUAUUUUAACACUUGGAGCGUUCAGGACUCACUUGUCUGAUCUCCUUCACAUUUGAAAAAGCACCAUGUAGAAACUGAUCGUCUGCUGCUCAUAUAUUUGCACUUUAUGACACCACAAUCCAAGCCUUACUCCAUACAAAUAUAGGGUUCGCAGUUUUAUUGUAGAGAAUUUUACUGAGUGUCUUAAAAAGCUACUACUGGAAGUAUAUUGCUGAGAAUGACGACAGCAAUCACUACCAGCAGUAUGUCUUAUUUAAACAUGUGCAGGUUCCUGCUACAGUGUGUGCCUUUGACACUUGUCCUCUUAAAGCUCCCGUACUGUCGAUUUUGAAGGGAAAGAAACACUUCACUUUACUUCAAAUUGUGUGUGCCUUUGAUGAGUUUACUACUCAAAGUAAACAGAAUAUGCCAAAUA